AGAAUAACGCAAGAGUUGCCGGUGUUCUGUCUACGUGAAUCUUUCUAUCUAUCGACUGUUUACCAAGUCAGAUACGCAUUUGGAUUAUAAUUAUGACUCUGGAACUGGAAGAGAUCCGUGGACAAGAAAGCGCACUUGAUACCACCGAUAGAAUGAAAUGUGCAGGCAAAGCCCUAGAAGAACUCUUGGUGUCUGCAAAGAAGCAAGACUAUCUCACCGUCGGCGUCUACGAGUCGGCCAAAGUUAUGAAUGUUGACCCAGACAAUGUGGCAUUCUGCGUUCUGGCUACAGACGAGGAGUACGAAUGCGACAUCGCUCUCCAAAUCCACUUUACCCUCAUACAAGCUUUCUGUUUCGAUAAUGACAUCAACGUGGUGCGCGUAAACGACAUUGAGCGUCUGGCUGACCUCGUGGGCACAGACGAAACCGGCGAACCUCAGGACGCACACUGCAUUCUUGUCACGAGCCCUGGUGCAGAGUCGUGGAAAGAUCCUGCUCUGGACAAGCUGCACCUAUUCUGUGAAGAGAGCCGUAGCGUGUAUGACUGGGUGCCCACCAUCACUCUCCCUGAGCGCUGAACAAAUACACCCUCUGCAUGCUUCAUUUGAUGACGACAAUGAAGAUGAAGAUAGCAUAAAAUAAUCAGAACCUCCGGGUUUGAAGCCUGCCUAUGGGAAUACAUGGCUAUGGCUGAAACCCAGGACCCAGAGUGCAAUUUGGUCGGCGGUGCAGUUCUGGAUAACCCUGUUGGAGGGGUCAGGGCUCACAUGUGGACUGGCUCUGGUGUAUGUGAACUGGACCCAUGUCAUAUCAUGAAAGCCCAGACCAGGAGGAGGAGUUGGACAGGACUCUGCAGUACAUAGAGACAGUUUAUCACCCUAAAGCAGCCCUGGCUAGGGUAAUGGGGUGAACUGAGGAGAUGGUCAGCGAAAGAGAUGGCAGGUGGAGAGAUGGAUUUGUGAACAUCUGAAACAUGGCUGGUUGGCUGUCGGUUUGCUUUUAACAGAAAGAUGUAAAAGAAGGUGGAAUUCAGAAAGUUCUAGGAAGAGAAAGGAACGUGUUAAAAAACGUUUUGGAAUUAUUAUUUUUUGAUGUUUUCCACUCCAACGUGGAAAGCUUGGACUGAAACUCAGAGACAUUCACUUUCUUUAAGGUCAUGCAAACAUAAUUUAAUGGACAUUCAGUUAUGUUGAUUAUUUUACUGUCACGUGAUGCAAAAGUCAUGCAAUGUAUUUUUUGUAUGCAAAUUGGAAAAGCAUUUUACAAAAUGUCUUUUAAUAAAUGCUUUCAACUAU